GUAAUAUCUAUGAAAAGACAUGGGUUUGCCUGCAAAGAUGUGAUGCAUUUUCUAUACAUGAAGGCAGAACAAGUAACAUUGGGGCUGUUUCUCACCCUACAGACGCUCCUGCAUGAAAUGAUCCACUACUACCAGCGACUCAGAGGAACAAGUGAUAUAGAUCAUGGCUCAACCUUUCAUUUUCACAUGGAGCGAAUCAAUAGAGAAAGUGGCGCAAAUAUUACGGUCUAUCAUGAUUUCGAUCGAGAAUACGAGUCACUGAAGCGCCACUGGUGGAAAUGCAAUGGCCCCUGUCAACAAGUAGUGAGGCGGCUUGCGGACAGGACUCCGGGCUCCAAGGCGCACAAGCGCAAAUGAGGAGGAGAAUUUAUAAAGGUCCGAGAACCAAAGAGAAUGAGAACUGACCUAUAGAAUCACUUAAGAAAUAUUCUAGAGACUUUCUCCUUGGCUAAUAACAGUUUGCCAGGAAAUAAGGCCGUGGCCCAAGAAUGCCCAGCACUGAGUUAUGGAAAAUGAGAUGCUGCUAUCCAGAUAGGCAAUGUGGGGCGCUAUUGCCAUGGACCGAACAGAAAUGGUGCCAAGAAAAUGCCAAUGAGCAGCCAUACGAUUAGUAUUGCCUACGUUAUAUAAGGCACGGGCACAGCGGCAGCAAGAGAAACAAACCGUACUGAACUGAACUGGCCAGUAGAAGGGAUACAAGUUGAAUACUGGGACUGUUCCAAUGGAUACAUGGAAUGCCUGAUGCCCAAAGCUGCUCCAAGCACAAAUGGGCAGGGACACUUCUAACUACUGAGGAACCUCACAAGAGUCAUUCAGACAAAAGAACUAUGUUUGGACCUACAGAAGGACUUUCUACAGAGACUUUCCUCUUGGAAACCUAGAGGAAGACACUUUCGUGUUCCCUUAAUGUAAAUAAUGAAUUACAUUCUGUGAAUUUUAUGUACAAUACUUUACUUUCUCAAUAAAAAAAACCUACUAAAUAA